AUGACGAAAUUUAUUGCAGAGGCUGACGAUCAUGGUCCAGACAAUUUCAUAUCAUUUUGUUCAAAUAUUUUAACUCAAGACAACAUUGCAGAUGCGUCUUCUUUAACUGAAACCCAAGGUGAAAAUUUCCUUUGGUACGAACUUCGUUAUGGACGCAUCACUACAUCAAAAUUAUAUGAUGCGAAUGUUUGUAAAACUGUUUCGGGUAGUUUAGUUAACCAAGUCAUGGGUGUAUCAAAAAAAUUUACUUCUGAAGCUAUGAAAAGAGGACUACGUUUGGAAAAGUUGGUUUUGAAAGAGUUGGAAAGAGUUUUGGAGACCAAAAUUCGAAACUGCGGCUUUACUAUUUUAAAAAAUGCUGCUAUUUUAGGAGGUUCUCCAGAUGGUAUCACAGAUGACGCAACGCUGUUAGAAGUCUUGCAGAUUCCUAGUGAAAUAAAAAAAAAACUAUUAUAUUUCUGA